AUGGAGGACCUCAACAUCUCACUCACAAAUCACUCAAACCGUUUGAUCUACAGCUACUGCAAGUAUUGGGAACCAGACACUGAUCUUGAGAAAAUUUCAAAACGCACUGUCUUUGCAUUGAUGAUUGUGCUGGGGAUUUUUGGCAACAUUUUCGUCAUCAUACUCGCUGCUAAAUACACAGUACGCAAGAACCUGCACCAUUUGAUCAUCAACAUGGCCGUGUCAGAUUCUCUUUUUCUUGUUACCUGGUUGAUAAUUUUCAUUUUCUUGAUGUCUCACUACUAUAGAUCGAGCGACACGUUGAGUAUUGUACUCUGCCACAUUUURACAUUGAUCGCGGAAGCUUCACUUAAAGGAUAUCUAAUGACUUUAUUGGUGAUCAGCAUUGAGCGAUUCAGAGCAACGAGACAUGUUUUGAAAAUCUCGCAGCCAUAUACAKUUAAACGACGAAUUAUUGYGCUCGGAAUCUGCUGGUUAGUUCCCAUGCCAAUCUCUGCUUACCGGACCUAUGUGCAUUGCGAUAAGCCGCAAAUAACUAAGCAGAUUACUUUCAGUAUUUUUGGUAUAGCAGAAUUUUGCUCACUUGUUAUUGUAUGUUGCUUAAUAUUCGGUCUAAGUAUUAUUACAAUAAGACGACUAUCCAGACCUCAAGCCAUCGAAGACCAUCUUAACCAACAACAGAGAAACGCACGAAAAAAACGAACUCAAUCAGCCGUACGAAUGGUUCUGGCCUCGGUGUUGCUGUACACAUGUUGCUGGCUUCCAAAAUACGUUUUCUUGGCAUUGACGUAUCUAAACAGAGUCAGUCCAGGAGCUGAUAUUAUUGACGACGUGAGGGUCUGUAUCGACUGGCGGUCUUUCUAUUAUAUCGUAUUUGACGUUCUACCUGUUGCCAACUCUUGCUUCAGUCCUCUUAUAUACAUAAUAUUUCUCCCUGACUUUCGGCAAGCUGCGAAGAAUGUACUUUGCCGAAGAGAAAUACAGAAUCAAGAACCAAACAGACGACAAUCGAUUGAGUUGCAACCAACUGCAAUCAGUACCACUGAGCCCAUUAAUAGCGCCUAACAGGACAAGGCGGGUUUCUGAUAACAAGAACUUUAGAUUAAAGAUUUCACAGUCCAUCUCGUCCAUGCAAAGAUAGCUAAACAAAUACGUUGUGAGAUUUAAGGAUCAGGAACACUGAACAUUGAAUCCAGAGUUUGGACAAG